GGAUUGUAUCCAAUGAAGCGUGUCGAGUCGGCGCCGCAGCUCGGGAACUCGACGGUGCGCCGAGACGAGCUCAAGCCUGGCCACGAGUGGGUCGAGGACACGGACCGCAAGUGGUGCAAGCUAUGCGCGCGCAAGUUCAACGUGUUCCGCCGUCGGCACCACUGCCGCAUGUGCGGCGAUGUCUUUUGCGACUCGUGCACUACGUUCGUCACGAUUGUGGUGCGGGAAGAGAACAAGAACUCGGUACGCAUCUGCGGCGCGUGCAUCUCGUCGCACAAAGCCAAGUAUUCGAUCCGGUGCGGCCCGUCGACGUCAUUGCAGGAUGCUACGCUGUUGGAACGCGCGACGAAAUCUGUUUCCGUGCCAAGUGCCGCUGCCAGCAUCGCCGUGUCGGCGCCGGGACACCGCCACCACCCGCGACAUCUAUAUGCAGCGCAAGACGCCCCUCGAAUUCGGCAGCGCAAGUCCAACUCGGUCCAUCAAAUCUCGUCCUCCGGUCUUUUGGUCGACGACCUUCUCCCGUCGUCUCCGUCGACAUGGCGCAUGUUCGAGUUGGUCACCGCGUCAUCGUUCCCCGAGACAAGUCCGUGGUCAUACGCAUGGCCUUGCCCUCCCACGACCACGUUUGAAUCCCAGCGCCUCGGCAGUGUCCGCGACUCGUUGGCCAAGAUGAUGCAUCGGAUGCCAGACAACCUGUGCGAUUUGCUCUGCAAGGGCUACGACUGUCCCAUGUCCGCCGUGUCUGUGAUCGACGCCACCACGCAGCACUUUGUCUCUCGUGUGGGCAUCGCGCAAGACUCCCUCGCGCGGCACCUGUCGCUCUGCGCGCACACGAUCUGCGGGCUGGAUCCGUUUGUAGUUCUCGACUUGGCCGCUGACCCGCGCUUCCACCACCAUCCGUUGGUCACAGAGGCCAACAUCCGGUACUACGCUGCGGCGCCACUGGUCGCGGACGACGGCAUGGUGGUCGGGACGGUGUGUGUGAUGGACACGAAGCCGCGGAAGAGCUGCUUCGACGCGUGCUUGACCAGUAUUGCCCGUAUGGCGGCGCGCCAUCUCAAGGACACGCCGCGGACGACCACGGACGUCACGCCCCGCCAAGUCGAGAACAUCCUCGUCAACUUGCUGUCGAAAACCAACGACAUCCACAACCAGUUGCUGCGACGCCCGCCACUCAAGACGACCUCGACGUAAAUGUUGUUAUAACCCACCAUUGUAGUUGUCAUGUUGAGAAAUUAUAGUAAUAUAAUACUAUACUAUUGUAGCUGA